UCCUUAGUUUUAGUAAAAAAAGGUCUAUGAAGCUACUCGGUUCUAGAAAAAAAUGGAAAAGAGAUUUGUGCUAUUUUUUGUUCUGAUUUUCUUGGUAAACAGUCUCCCAGCUUCAACACAAACAAUUGAUUGGUGGGAGGAUGGAUCUCUCUACCAAAUUUAUCCGAGAUCUUGGAAAGAUAGUGAUGGUGACGGGGUUGGUGACUUAAAAGGCAUAACUGAAAACUUGGAGUUUCUAAAAGAAAUUGGAAUGACUGGUGCAUGGUUGUCACCUAUAUUCAAGUCUCCAAUGUCUGAUUUUGGAUACGACAUUUCGGAUUUUUACAAUAUUGAUCCACUUUUUGGCAGUUUGGAGGAUUUUGAUGAGCUUGUGGUGAAAGCGAAGAAAAUCGGAUUGAAGAUUAUUUUAGAUUUUGUACCAAAUCAUUCGAGUGACGAAUGUGAGUGGUUUGAAAAGUCAAUAAAUCGUGAAGAUGGUUACGACGAUUUCUACGUAUGGGACAGCGGUAAAGAUGAUCCCAAAAAUCCAGGAAAAAAACUUCCUCCAUCGAAUUGGUUAAGUGAGUUUGGAGGUAAAGCUUGGUCUUGGAAUGAAAAACGUCAACAAUUUUAUUUGCACCAAUUUCAAAACAAGCAACCUGACCUUAAUUUCAGAAACGAAAAAGUACACAAAACAAUGUUAGAUGUCUUGAAAUAUUGGUUAGACCGAGGUGUCGAUGGAUUCCGCAUUGAUGCGGUCCCGUUUUUCUUUGAAAAGAUCAACGAAGAUGGGUCUUACCCCGAUGAACCUGUUAGCGGGCAAACAACCGAUCCAGAAAGCAAUAAAUACUUAAGUCAUAUAUAUACGAGAGAUCAACAAGAAAAUGCUGAACUGUUAAUGGAAUGGCGAACUUUUUUGGAGGAAUAUGAAAGAGAAAACGGAGGUGAAAAGAGAGUCUUACUUGCGGAAGCUUACUCUCCAAUCAAUGUUAUUGACCAAUAUUUCGGCAAUGAGACGCAUCCUGCUGUACAUUUACCUUUCAAUUUUAACCUUAUGUCCUUGAGUGAAUCAUCUAGUGCCAGAGAUUUAGAAGUAUCGAUAAAUGAAUGGAUGGAGGUAAUGUGGAUAAAACACAAGUCAGCUAAUUGGGUACUAGGUAAUCACGAUAACCCGAGAGUUGGUGACCGUUUGGGAAAAGAAAAGAAAGAUCUGUUUAAUAUAAUACUCGCUGGAUUGCCUGGAACAACUGUCACAUAUUAUGGUGAAGAAAUAGGCUUGGAUAAUGUUCCCACUGAAUGUACAAACAUAACAUGUGACUUCCGUGAUUCAGAACGAACUCCUUUCCAAUGGAAUGAUAAAGUGUCUGCUGGAUUUUCUGUUACUAACGAAACUUGGUUACCAGUUUCUGGAGAUUAUACAACACUUAAUGUUAAGGUUCAAAGAGGAGUAGUAAGGAGUUCCUUAAAUAUAUUUAAGGAAAUGCAAAAUCUUAAGCAAACAGCUGCAUUUAGAGCAUUCAAAAAUGAUGGAGCUUGGAAUUAUGGUGCUGUUAAUGAUCAAGUAUUCCAGAUAAUAAGAUCUAAUUCAAAUGAGGAGUAUCGCAUUCUUGCUAAUCUGGGCAAUGAACUUGAGGUCAUUGGACCUUUAUGUAAUUCUGUGGAAGAAAGUGAAUGUUCAAUGGAAUACAUAUUGGUGACAAAAUAUUCACCUCAUCGUGUUGGGGACAUGGCCAACUUAAACAAAAUUUAUAUGAUGCCGUUUGAAGCAGUUGUCUUGAGGAGAACAAUUUCAAAGCAAAAAAAAUAGUUUACAAUAAAAUAGGAAUAACAAUA